AUGCAGACUCCAACCACCAACUCUCCAGAUGUCAAGCUAGUGCCGCGUCGCACCUUGGAGGGCCACUCUGGUUGGGUCUGGGAUGUGGCCCUCUCGCCGGAUGGCACGAUGGCGGCGUCGGCCUCGAAUGACACCACGGUCCGAGUCUGGGGCACGACGGCGACGGGCUCAUUACAUCGAAUCUUCAAAAACCAUUCUGGUCCGGUCAGGGCUGUCUCCUUCUCACCGGACAGCCAGCGGGUGGCGUCUGCCUCCGAUGACAUGAUCGUGCGAGUCUGGGAAAUCGGCACGGGGGUUGUAUCCCGUUCAUUUCAAGGGCACUCGGGCUGUGUGAGGUCGGCAGCGUUCUCGCCAGAUGGGAAGUUGAUAGCAUCGGCGUCGGACGAUAAAACGAUCCGUCUUUGGGAUCUCGGAUCUGGCAACACCUUAAGAGUCUUCCGUGGCCACACGGGUUGGGUGCGGACGGUCAAGUUUUCACCAGAUGGGAACCUGCUGGCAUCGGCCUCGGACGAUUGCACGGCCCGCAUCUGGGAUGUGCAUACAGGUACCGCCCGCGCCGUACUUGAAGGUCACACUGACUACGUGCGGGCCGUGAAUUUCUCCCCAGACGGCACGAUGGUAGCCACUGGGUCAAAAGAUCGAACAGCGCGGCUGUGGCGAGCGGGUACUCUAUCCACGGUCCUUGAGGGACAUUCAAGCUGGGUGAAAGACGUGAUCUUCUCUCCAGACAGCAAAAUGGUCGUCUCCGCGUCGGACGACUCCACUAUAAGACUUUGGGAUACCAGCACAGGCACAACCUGCACCAAGCUGGGGCCAGUCCAGGGUUGGGAAAGAGGGAUGGCCUUUGCGCGGGACGGGAAGCUAGUGGUGUCUACAGCUGAUGAUAUGACAGUCAGGAUCCUGGAGACUGACGAGAACCUAUGGUCUUUGAAAUAG